AAAACAUCGUAAACGAUGUAACAUCGUACUGUAUGUGUUUUUGUUUUUAGUCGUCAGCGGUUUCAUUUUCAUGGCACAUUCAUUAAGUGCGACAGUAGUAGUUGGACAGUAACAAAGAUAUAUUUUAAUUAACAGUCUUGUGUUUAAAUAUAUUUUGACGUGACAGCUGAACUGCUUUCGAGGCUUUGUGUACUUACUGUACCUUCAGUUCAGCGGCAACAGCUACGGUUAAAACAAGCUCUCCAGACGAUGGCUAUCCAGCUGCAGCGCCCCCACGCGGCCGUGGUGUUUCUCUGCUUCCUGACCUGUGGCCUGUCCAUCCCAGACCCCAGGCAGAGAGAGGCUCUCAUGCAGCUGGAGGCCUACAUGCAGACAGGUGGGCAGAUGGUGCUGACCGAUGCCGAGCAGCGUCUGGACACGCUUCUGUUUAAAAUGAAGCAGGAGGAGAUGGCCAGGGCAGACUUUCCUCCUUCCAUGCACUUCUUCAGGGCCAGGGACCUCAUCAGGACCAGUCCCAUCUUCAGCCUGCUGCGAAAGAUGCCUAAAGGUGGAGCUCUUCACGUCCACGACUUCUCCAUGGUGGAUGCGGAGUGGCUGGUGAAGAACGCAACGUACCGCCCGCACUGCUACAUGUGCCGGACCGACAGCCAGUCCGUCCGAUUCAUCUUCUCGUCUCAGCGGCCCAGAGCCCUGCCGCUUUGCUCGCCUUGGGUCCUGCUGGAGGAGCUCCGAGCCAAAACCAUCAACGCCACGGAACUGGACAACAGCAUCAUGAGGAACCUGACACUGUUCACUGAUCAGGAUCCAGAGGCAGCGUACCCCAGUCAGGAUGUGGUGUGGGGUACGUUUGAACAGACCUUCCUCGCUCUGUGGGGUCUGGUCACCUACGCCCCCGUCUUCAGAGACUACUACUACCAGGGCCUCACCCAGUUCUACAGGGACAACGUCAUGUACCUGGAACUGCGUGCUCUCCUUCCACAGGUUUACGAGUUAGACGGCAGCACCCACGACCGAGCCUGGACCCUGAAGACCUACCAGGAUGUCACAAGGCAGUUUACAGCAGAGCACCCGGACUUCUUCGGAACAAGAAUCAUUGUUACCAUUAACAGGGGUGUAAAUGCAUCAGUGAUGACCAAAGCUGUGGAGGAAGCAAUGAAGCUGAAGAAAGGUUUCCCUGAUUUUAUGGCUGGUUUUGACAUGGUGGGUCGGGAGGAUAGGGGCAGACCCCUGUGGUAUUUCAGAGAUGCCUUAUCACUUCCUGUGGAGGAAGGGGUCACGCUGCCUUUCUUUUUUCAUGCUGGAGAGACAGACCUCGAGGGCACUGACGUGGAUCAGAACCUGUUAGAUGCUCUGCUCCUGAACACGUCCCGUAUCGGCCAUGGGUUUGCACUCCUUCACCAUCCAGUGGCCAAAGAUUUGUCCAGGAAGAGAGGGGUGGCUGUGGAAGUGUGUCCCAUCUCCAACCAGGUAUUAAAGCUUGUAAAAGAUCUGCGAAACCACCCUGCAGCUGCUCUGAUGUCAGAAAAUCACCCGAUGGUCAUCAGCUCUGAUGACCCUGCCAUGUUCGGCUCAUCUGGUCUCUCUUAUGACUUCUAUGAAGCUUUUGUGGGUUUUGGAGGCAUUAAAUCUCACAUAGGCUCCCUUAAACAACUGGCACUGAACUCUAUCAGGUAUAGCUCUUUACCUUCAGAGCAACAGAAUAAAGCGAUGUCUGAGUGGCAAAGAAGAUGGAAUAAAUUUGUCUCUGAAAAUGAUUUUUAAACAGAAACUCAAACUCAAUAUUUGAAUACAAACCCCAUUUUUUGGAAAUGAUUUUUGUUUUUACACAAUAAGCUCUAUGUUUCUAACUGACAUUCUUCAGCAGGUGCUCGGUCACUGGCUGGCUGUCUGUUCUGCAGAGAGGAAAGGUUACAACAAACUAAAUCUGGCAGUUUUCAAGGGUUUGUUGCAAUUAAAAGAACUUAAACUUCAAUAUUUAUUAUUGCCUAAAAGAUGAGCUAAUCAUGUUAGAAUUAUAAAAUAAUUGUGACUUUACUGUAAAAUGAGGACUGCCCAGGUGAUUUGUCAACAACAAUCUGAAAUGUGAACWCUUGUGUGCUGCUACUGUAGCUGUCAGGGAUAAAUCAGUUCUGCUCAUUAAACUGAAUAUGAAGCUGUUCUCUGGUCAUUUGAUUUGCAUUUCAGUUUAUUUUCUAUUUACAAAACGACGUCCUUUUCAGGGCUGGGUUUGCCAAUUGGCUCGUGCUGAACUGAUUUUUACCCGUUGAGUAUUUUUGCACAGCUAGCACAAUGUAAUAAAAGUGAAUUGAGCUGCAUUGUUUGUACUGUUCAGUGUUGAUUAAAUGUUUGAGUGAAAGUAUAAAGUUAAAAUGUAAUUGUUAUGAAUUUUUUUUGUAAACAAGUGUUAAACAUUUGGCUUUUGUAUACAAUGUUUUUGAUUAGCUGCGCAAUAAAACUUCCUGCAGGAA